CCUCAUAGAAAUCUUUGCCGUAAUAUGUACUGUCACGGUCAGAAAGAUAAAGGAUUCUCAUUCCGAACUGGCAUAAAAGUACAUUAAGCGAGAUCAUUGAAAUGGCCACGAUGGAAGGAAAAACCAAAAAAAUCCCGAGGAUAAAGUGUGUGAGAGCUUACGUCUCGGAGUCAAAGCCCGAGGACCAGGGCGCCGACUGUCAUGAUGUGGAGGAUACUCACUGGAUUAAUGGCUACCCCACCCCUAUAGCAAACCCCAUGUCUGGAUACGAGCAAUAUGCCUCCACUCGGAAAUCCUGGGGGAUCAACGCUCUCGGCACUCUGGUUGUGGAGGUGGAAGCAGACGAUGGAACAUGUGGAGUCGGCGUGACCAUUGGUGGUGUCCCUGGCUGUUAUAUCGUGGAGAAACACCUCAGCAGGUUCGUGGAGGGACAGGAUCCUCGAGAUGUGGAGCUCAUGUGGGACCAAAUGUUCCGGGCCACCCUCAAUUACGGACGUAAGGGUUUGCCUAUUCAGUGCAUUAGUGCUGUCGACCUUGCACUAUGGGAUCUGCUGGGAAAGCUAAGAAAUGAACCGGUCUAUGCAUUACUGGGCGGGAAAACGAAGCAACGUCUGCCAGUGUAUUCUACAACUGCUCGUCCAGAUAUUGCAAAACAACUGGGAUUUGUUGGCGCAAAAAUUCCAUGUGCCUAUGGACCAGCCGAUGGUGACCAGGGGUUAAAGAAAAACGUAGAAAUAUUUAAGAAAUGGCGUGAAACUGUAGGUCCAGAUUUCCCGCUCAUGUUGGAUUGUUACAUGGCACUGAGUGUGCCUUACACUGUGAAACUAGCGAAAGAACUUGAACCCUUGGGAUUGAAGUGGAUCGAAGAGUUCUUGCCGCCUGACAGCUAUGAAGGUUACAAAGAAGUACGAGAAGCCUUGCGUGGUUCCACAGUUUUACUGACUACAGCGGAACAUGAGUACAGUCGCUAUGGAUAUCAACAACUACUUAAUUCUAAAUGUGUGGACAUUCUCCAACCAGAUAUAUCGUGGCUCGGCGGAAUCACGGAAGCGCGCCGAAUCGUCGCCAUGGCGUCGGCACAUGACGUGUUAGUCAUUCCCCAUGGAUCCAGUAUCUAUUCGUACCAUCUACAGUACGCCUUUCGUAACUGUCCUCUAGCAGAAUUCAUCAACCUUAGUCCGAAAGCUGAUAAAAUAGUCCCAUAUUUUGGCGGGUUAUUUCCAGACGAACCCUUACCCAAGGACGGUUUUAUCGACUUGCCGGAUCGGCCUGGGUUUGGCGUGACUCUGUGUAAAGACACAUUGGGUCGACCAUUCCCACGUUCAUCUGAAGAAUCUAGAGUUCAGGCGCAAAGGAAUGCGACGUUCAAGUCCACACAGAAAGCGCACAUGCCAUUUUGAAACAAUAUGCGAUUGUUACAAUUGUGAAAACUAUUUCUUUAGCAUUCUAGGAUGAUUUUUUUUUACAGGUAUCAAGUAAUAUAACUGUGUUUUGCUUGUACGGUGGUGGUAGAGAUAUGUUCAAAUAAAUGACAAUCAAACUUGGAGACUUUAAAA